AUGUUCCGACUCAUCUUCACGGCAACAGCCGUCCUCACCGGUUCCUCGGUUGUCUAUUUCUACAUUUUCCACAAAAAGCUAUCCGCACGCAUCCAGCACAGAUCACACUGCGGGAAGCUCGCGGCAUCAGCAAAACCGUGUGAAAUUGAGUCGAUUCCAGAUGCCGUCUUCACAGAUAAAUACUUUACUCUCUAUGAUUGGUCUUCAAAAUCAGUGCCGCGCUACCUGAUGCCCGGUUGCACAACGACAGAGGAGCUCUUCACCAAGCUAGUCCGCCGCAAUAUGACGGUUUUUACGCAUUUCCCGCAGGCGCUGAUGAUCCGAGUUGGCUGCACCACUGCAGAAGAGAUACAUAGCUUUAAGACGUCACAUAUCUCUUCUCUGGAUUUCGAUAAGGGGGAUCUUGUCUGUGGUGUGUACCGAGUUAUCGCGCGGAGCAAGAAUAAGGUGGAGUUUGAAAUGACGAUGAAGAAUAUGGAGUUUGUUAACGGAAGACUUGCUCUAAGCUUCAAGGAGAAGGGCGGCGAUGUGAUUUUCUCCAGUGAAACCGUCAUGUGGCGAAGGGCGGAUGAGUCGAGGACUAUGCCGCUUGAGAAAUGUGUUGUGCGCUUCAUGCACGAGACGGCGGCGUGGUGGUUGAUAGAUUCGGGGACAAAGUAUCUGAUGGAUCUGGAGGUCUGA